AUGCCUUCCAAUCCAGAUCACCUGCCGCCGCCGCCGCCGCCGGCGGCCGGGGCAGGCACCACCGUACACCCACCACCGCCGAAGCCGAACCCAAAGCUCCUCUCUUUACUCCUCAAGGCCUUGAUAAUGAUCUUCAUCACGACCCUCUUCUUCCUCUUCCUCGGCGUCGCGGCAAUCCUCCUCCUCCUCGCCACCGCCGCCCUCCACCGCCAUUCCAAGAUCUCGUUUCGCGACCUGAAGCAGAGGCUUCCCCAAUUCAGGUUCUCGAGGAGGAUGCAGAAAGGCGGCGAGGUGGAUGAAUGCGUGGUGUGUUUGGAUUCAAUCAAGCAGGGGGAAUGGUGCAGGAAGCUUCCCGUGUGUGGGCACGUGUUCCAUCGGCGGUGCGUGGAUCCAUGGCUGGUAAAGGUGCCGGCUUGCCCGAUUUGCCGGGCUAGGGUUCAGCUGGGGAAUUCGGUGGAGGAGGAGGAAGGAAGGAAUGGCGGUUGGGGUUUCGAUUGGAGGAAUGAAUUCAGUGUAUGGUAG